AUGAUGAAUCGAAAACGUUCUAAGUCGGCUCGUCCGACAUCCUUUCUUUCCAAAACAUUUGAUCUUUUAAGCCUUGAUGAAUUUCAAGACAUUGUCUGCUGGAGUGAUGAUGGGAAAUCUUUUACUAUUAAAAAUCAAGGCGAGUUUAUGAAUCAAGUUCUUCCUAUUUAUUUCAAACACAAGAAUUUAGCAAGUUUUAUUAGGCAACUGAACAUGUACGAUUUCCACAAAGUGAGAGACUCAGGAGAUAAACAAAUUUUUAGCCACCCUUGCUUCGUAAAAGGCAAUAAAAGUCUUUUGGUUGAAAUUCACCGAAAAACUUCUGAGUUCUUUCCACCUCCAGUGGCAAGAAUUAUUCAGCAGGCGUCUGAACCACUUCUCCAAAAGUGUCAAAUGCUUGAAGCAAAGCAAGUUGAAAUGCAAAAUGCUUUGGACACGCUUGACAAAAAGUAUAAGGAAACCUGCGAAAUGAACCAAACUCUCGUUGUUGAGUUGCUAAAUGCUCGAGAACGAGAAGAGAGAUUAUCUCAAAUGAUCUUUAGUGCUUCUUUAUAUGGAGCACCGUUUAAUAUGAUCUAA